UACUGGCAGCCCCUCCCCCGAUCGAUUUGCCACUCUCUGCCCGGGCUAUUAAAAGGAGCCCUCACGCAGAUGGGUCCAUGAUUCUCGGAGAUGUAAAAACUGAAGGCGCCUGAUGGUGACUAACGCUAAGCCGCUCACUGACGUGCUCGGUGUGUCUUGAAUGUGCAUCUUUUGCACCAAGCAAUGUUUAUUAUUUAUCAGUACAAUAUGUUGUUAAUUAACCGGUAUAAGAAGUUUACUGUUCCAUCAUAGAGGGUCAUUUCUCUAUUAUUUGAUAUAUAGAGAAGUGUACGAGUUGAAUUGUUGAGUACCGUCUUAAGAAGUCAUCGCACUGUACAUCACGUCUCAUACAGCGUCUCAAUGAUAUCAUUUUAUCUCCAAGAUACAUCAGCUGGUCUCUCUCGCUCCCUCUCUACUAACAGUCAUCAAUCAGUGGGGUUCUCCGGAGUUAUCAUGCUCAUUACAGAUCGCCGCGUCCCAGAUGUGGACAAUCCGUGAUGUUCCGGUUGAAAAUUCAGCGCUCACCAAGUAUCCUUGGGCACACGAUUUAAUAAAUGUCAAAACGGAACGCCUGUUUGUGAAUAGGCCGGAACAUUUGUUAUACGCCGCGACGAGUAAGGAAUACAACCUCUAAUUGCCCACUGUAUUGCAGAGGGAUAAAAGAUGACUUUAAACUUCAAGACGCUUGCAGUUCGUCGCACAUUUCAUCGGAGGACCUAAGUGUUCAGCGAGGCUAGCAAAGCAUGCCCUUUGAUUACGACUUAUUGCGUGUGACGCGAUUUGCGUGUAGACUGAGCUAUAUACAGGAGAGCAAGAAUCAGCUAUGUUCUUUCAACUAGCUGAUAUACACAAGUGAGAAGCAACUUUGCAAUGACCGUGUGAACAGAGUGGUGGAUCAGAGUUUGAGAGAUUUAAACUUCGGUUAAAUCGAGGUGGUUUAAACUUCGAUCAGAUUGAAAGGGCAGCGUUCUACUUUGACGACGCAAGGACGACGCAGUCGAAAGCUGGCCUCAUCCGAGCGUUUUACUAUAGUUUAGAUAACUGAUUUCGGAAACACUGAAGCCACGAAACUUAUAUUUAUUUUAUUAGGACUCUAUCAGAAAUCUGACUGUUAAGUUUAAGACACUACGUUCAAAAAGUCAUCAUCACUUACGGGAUCAUUCUACAAAUUUGAAAUGGCUGGACGGCAAGAAAGACGUGUUAGCCAACGCGGCCUGCACCACGGCGCAGUCCAAGCAAUACCAAGGUUCACACCCAGAGGUGAUCAUACAAGCAUCUACAAGAAACCUGUCCAUACCUGGCUCAUUCUCGUUCUAGUUGUUCUUCUAAACGCUGGGGUGAUCUCCGGCGACAAGAUGGACACCCAGACUCCACAACAACGAGAGAGACACAUAAACGAGAGUGUUCUAUGUGAAUACCGCAUGAGAACAGAGCUACCGCCAGAUGACGAAUACGUGUACUGUAAUAUGACGUUUGACACGUGGGAUUGCUGGAACUACACACGUGCUGGAUCCACCAUAGUGCAACCAUGUCCGGAGUGGAUACCAGACUCUAAUCCAAACAAGACUGCGAGCAAAAUAUGUAUGCCGAAUGGGCAGUGGUUUCGACAUCCUGAGACGGACGACACGUGGACAAAUUACACGUCGUGCAACUACCGUGUAAAAGAAGAUCUGGACUCCAACGUUCACAUUGUCUACUACUUUGGCUACGGACUCUCGGUCAUAUCUCUCUGCAUCGCCAGCUUCAUAUUCUUCUAUUUCAGGAGCCUAGGGUGCCCUAGAGUGACGAUUCACAAGAACCUCUUCAUUUCCUUCAUUCUGUGUGGUAUCGUGUGGCUUCAGUGGUUUGCAUUGGUCACGCAAAACCCAGCCCUCAUCGCAGACAAUCCUGCCUUUUGUAAGAUACUCCUGGUGCUUGGUAACUACUUCAACACGUGCAACUAUUUCUGGAUGCUGAGUGAAGGGUUGUACCUCCACACUGUCAUCGUGGUGGCUGUGUUCUCCGAGAACCAUCGCCUUCACUUGUACUACAUUAUUGGAUGGGUCCUUCCAAUGAUUCCCGUUACAAUCUACACAAGCUUCAUGCUGGUCUACCACCAAGGAGUCUGUUGGCUUGCGGAGAGUGAGUACGAAUGGUGCGUCGCCAGUUUUAUCAUACUAGUUCUUUUUGUCAACCUGAUCUUACUGCUCAAUAUUGUUCGAGUCUUGGUCACUAAAUUGCGUGCAACUCCUGCAUCAGGAUCAAACACCUACACGAGAGCUGUCCGAGCCACCCUGAUCCUGCUUCCAUUGCUUGGCCUACAUUAUAUCCUCUUCCCAGUCAAACCCAAGGGUAACAAGGUGGCUGAAACCUUUUAUAACUACUUCAUUGCCGUCUUGCUCUCAUUUCAGGGUUUCUUCGUUGCUUGUAUAUUCUGCUUCUUCAACGGUGAGGUAAUGACAAAGAUCCGUAGGCGUAUGAAUAAUUUAACUCUGACGCAAACCACACAUUCUACAGCCGGCCGCCCGCGUCAGACCAAAGUAAAAAUGCAAAUCCGUCGCAAGUGGUAUUCCUACCGGUGGGGCCACCGAGGAAGUGUAUUCGGUGGUCGCUAUGGCAACAUGAAUACAACUAUCACUGAAACAGUAUCAACCAUGUCCCCCAACGACAGAAGGAGUAUCGACAAAGGACAGAACAGCCCGUUAUUAAAUAAAGCGCCCCCACCGGUUGUUCCCACCAACAUCGGAAACGGGAGGACGACUGUGUCUGGGCGGGAAAUCGUUCCGGACGAAGGGGGCGACAACCCGAAAGAGACCGAGAGCCCAGCAGGGGAAACUUACAACCUCGAGGAGAACAACACCUGGGAUUGCAACGCGAAUGCAGACCAAGACGUCUGUCCUAGUAUCCUCAUAGAGGACCAUGACGAACAGUCGUCAAAGACAACCGAAGUCUGACUAAAAAACUUGUAACAGCCCUUGAUCUCGCUGAGGUUAACUCUGUUGGACACCCUGUAUACCACUGCGAUCAAGGCAUGGAUAACCGAUACGGGACCAGUCGUCGAAGACAGUGAAUUCUGACGUAAAACGCGUGACUUUAAACAGCCAAUUAUCUCGCUGCGGUUAACCCUGUUGGACACCCGGUAUACCACUGCAAACAAAGCAUGGAUAAUCAAUACGGGACCAGACUGUUUCCCUGGACAUUUGGUAUCGCUACAAAACGAGAGGUCACAAGUGAUAACGGUUUACUUAUGUAACAUACAAGCAGCUGUAGAGAUGUAAAUAAACAAGAUGUAGUAUACAACAUGUUCUUUAGAUUUCUAAAAAGGUGUCGGACUGUAUACUAUAGAGAUAUGGAUAUUUAUGUCAAUUGGAACCGAGUGAAGAUGCACUUUGGAAAGUUAGCUCCGCCCAUCUUUACCUUAGAAGGACAAGGACAAGGUGAAACCCUAUUACGUAAUAACAAUUCCAGCUUGAACGAUGAGCAACUUAUUGACAACAGUUUCCGAUCAUUACAGAAGUUCAUCUGGACUGUUGAUACUCAUGGAUUAAUCCAUGACAACAUGUUCACUCUGAAAUGAUCGCAAGAGGAGGGCAUUGCAGAAAAAAGGUAUCAUCGUGAAAUAUUAUACACUCUUGAUGAAAUACUACAACUUAUAACUGUAGAACUUUUAACAUACUUUCUCAGUGAUAUUGUAAAUAAGAAAAGAGUACUACAUAUUAUUAUAUUAGUGAAAGUGGCCGUGGUAUAGUUACGAUUAAACUAUAGCACCAUUGUAGAUGAGAAAACUAAACUUGCAUGAUUUUUAAAUGACUUUUGCCUUAUUAUCAAAGUUUCAAUGCAUGAAUUGCAAUUAAUGUAUAAUGAUAGAUGAAGUAGAAGGGUACUUCACGAGUAAAUUAAAUUUACAAACUUGAUCAUUGUAACAAAGAAAGUAAAACAUGGACUAAGUGGGACUGCGCAUGCUAAGCUAAGCAACUCAACUGUCAACUAUUUAUGAACAAGCAUUUUAAUGUUAAAAACAUGAGCAAGCAUUUUACUAUUUGAAAACAUUUUAUCUGUAGAUCGAGAAAAAAACAUGGUGACUGAAGUAACUACUGCUCUUGAAAAAUUCAAAUAUAGGGAUUAUGGUUUUGGUUGGAAUAUUUAAUUAAAA